AUGUGGGAACACGACGGACACGUGGGGAAGGACGCAUGCACUGUCACGUUCACGGUGCCCACCAACGCCUCGGGCCUCUGGGCCCUGGCGCUGAUGAUCGAGGACUUCCCACGCAGCAGCAUCACCAUGGACUCCGUCUCGUACUCCCCCAGCAGCCCGCUCUCCAGCAUCCCGCUGCAAGUCCUCUUCGAGAUCGAGACUGGAAGUUCUUGCUCGGGUCCAUUCUUCACGGGAGUGACGCCCCUGAACGGAAAAACGUUCCAAGCUACGCAGGGCGUCCUAUUUGAGCUGGAGGUGGACAUUUCCCUGCCCAGCGACGCGGCAGCAGGAAUGACGAUCGUGCGCCUGGGAACCAUCGCGCCCGUCGGGGUGCAGAAGGGUGCCGUCAAGGCUGAUGCCGGAGACCCGAAGCUCUUCCACACGGCGCUGAGCUGGACCCCUGGCCGGGCGGAAGUGCAGAGCCACCAGAUCUGCUUCUACGCGUCCGACAGCAACGCCCAGGAGACGGAGCUGCGCUGCGUCAAUGUCGUCGUUGAAGGCACCGGCGGACCCAUCGCAUUCUCCUACGACAGCAUCACUACCAACGACUGCCCCAUCGAGUGGACGAUCACCUUCAGUGAUGAGAUCGCCCUGCCCACCGUGUCGAGGUACUUCCGCUUCUGGGAGCUGCGCAGCGGCCGUGAGGUGUACCGCGUGGACGGCACCACGGUCACGCUGCUGCCCAACGGCACGGCGGUCCGCUUCACCACGCCGCCGUCCGUGUUCGGCGGCGGCGUCCCGCUCUACGUCACCGUGGACGAGGGCGCCGCCAUGAUGGUCGUCAACGGCUCCGUCGUCACCAGGAGCAACGCGCGCAGCCGCAAAGACUGGGUGUUCACGCUGGGCAAGAAGGUCUACGCCGAGUGCUACGCUGUCGGCGACCCCCACUACAGCUCGUUUGACGGGCGCCUCUUCGACUACAUGGGCACCCACACCUUCGUGUUGGCGUCCAACUGCCUGGGCUGGCAGCAGCAGCCGACAGUUUGGCGAGUGCUCGCCAGGAACGAGCACCGGGGCCGCGCGGACGUGGCGUGGACGCGCGAGGUGCACACCGAGGUCUACGGCCACACCGUCUCCUUCCUGAAGAGCGGCGCCGUCCGGCUCGACGGGCAAGCCAUCAACCUGCCGUACUACGAGCCCAGGGAGAGGUUCCGCAUCACCAGCUCUGGGGGCUACGCGCGUCUCACCACCGACGCCUUCUUCAGUGUCGAAUACGAUGGCCGGGACAGGGUGGUGGUGUCUCUGCUGAACCGCGACGUGUACCGGAACGGCACGUGUGGCGUGUGCGGGUUGUGGAACGGUGACCAGAGCGACGACUUCACGAUGCCCGAUCACUCCCAGGCUCCCAACGCGGCCACGUUCGGCAACAGCUGGGAGGUUCCCGAGAAGAAGAAUACGGAGAGGUGCCAUGUGGAGACUCACAAAGACAGUGGUCCCCUUAACAGGCUGGAUAGCAUGAACGGGCCACGUGGCCGUAACGGGCUGCAUGGUCGUAAGGGGCUGCUUAUCAUUAACGGGCUGUUGGGUGGGAACAGCGACACGGGAGCCUUGUCCGGUGCUAUCCUGGACGCCGGCAAGAUGACGAUCGCGUCCGGCCCACAGAACUGCGGGCUGCUUCGUGGCAUGGCCGGCACGCUGGCCCCGUGCUUCACGUCCGUCGACCCCGCGCCGUACUUCGCCGACUGCGUCUUCGACAUGGUGCUGUCUGGCCUGGAUGCGGCGGUGCUGUGCCGGUCGCUGGAGGCAUACGCGGCGGCCUGCAACGCGGCCGGCUUCUCGUUCGCCAACUCGUGGAGGAACGGCACCGGCUGCGGUGGGGGGCGGGGGGGGCGUGGAAUCUUCUUCUCUUUUGUAGAGGCGAACUGUGGUGCUGGCACGCGCUUCAGCUCGUGCGUCACCACGUGUCCGGCCACGUGCUACGAUCCCGCGGCCCCGGCGGGGUGCGCGGACCCCUGCGUGGAGGGCUGCGAGUGCACCGACAGCACGCAGCUGUGGGACGGCGAUCGCUGCGUGCCGCCGGCCCAGUGCGGGUGCCGUGACGCGGACGGCCGCUACUACAAGCUAAACGAGGCGUUCUGGCAGCCCGGGUGUGCUGUGCAGUGCAGGUGCGCUUCCCCCGGCAGCAUUCAGUGCCAGCCAAGCUCCUGCCCCCUCACCUUAAACUUCUGUGGCACGGACAAUGAAGGGGUGCACGGGUGUCACCGCAAGAGCCUGGAGUGCACCGCCUGGGGUGACCCACACUACGUCACGUUCGACGGCCGCACCUUCGACUUCAUGGGCACCUACACCUACGUCUUCACGCAGCCGUGUUCUGGAGGCGGCUGGAGCGUGCAGGUGAAGAACGAGUUCAUCGCUGGCAGCUGGUCCAUCGCCUACACCCGCGACGUCUUCAUCGAACUCUACGACCACCGCGUGCACUUCGGCCUCGGCUGGAGGGUCUACCUGGACGGAGUCGAGAUCAACGUGCCGUACUACUACUCCAACGGCAGCGCGGGGUUCUCCGUCAUUCGCUCGGGGAACUUCAUGCGCCUGUGGAGCUACUUCGAGCUGGAGGUUCUGUACGACGGGGGCAGCCACGCCGUGGCACGCCUCCCCACCUCCUUCGCCAAUGCGCUGUGCGGCCUCUGCUCCAACAUGAACGGGAACCCCGGCGACGACUUCGUGAUGAGGGACGGCACCCGCGCCACGUCGGCCUCCGACUUCGGCAACAGUUGGAAGAUAACGGAAGUCGGCUCUCCCGAGACCGGCUCCGACGACGCAGGCGACGGCAAGGCCCCGGGCCCGACCGACGUGACCGCGGCGUUGGGUAACGACAGGUGCGGCGUGCUGAAUGACUCCACGGGCCCCUUCGCCGCCUGCGCCGGCGCCGUCGACCCACGGCCCUACGUGGACGGCUGCGUGUUCGACGUGGCGCUGCAGGCCUCCGCCGGCACCGCCCCGCUGUGCCGCGCCCUCUCCGCAUACCACGCUGCCUGCGUCGAGGCCGGCGUCGCCCCGGGCGGCUGGAGGAACGAGACGCUCUGCCGUGAGUCGCCCGGCAUCGUAUCGACCGUCCGGCAUUGCACCCUGAAGCAGUCGGGGGCCAAGGGGUCCCCCCAGGUGGCGGCUGCCCCUAUGUGGCAUCAGGUGCACUCACGGUACCUUCGUGGUGUAUUUGUUACCGCGCUGACGGGAUUCGAUUUGAUCUCCUGGCUCGCCUCCCCAGCGUGCCCCGGCAGCGGCUCGUACUCGCACUGCGCCUCCCCGUGCCCCGCGACGUGCGCGCGGGGUCCGGGCGAGGGUCAGUGCGCGGGAGGCUGCGUGGAGGGCUGCGUCUGUGACGCGGGCUACCUGCUGGAGCACGACCGGUGUGUGCGCGCGGACCAGUGCGGGUGCAUCAACAACGGCAAGUACUACAAGCUGGGAGAUGAGUUCAUCUCGGAUGACUGCAGGAGUCGGUGCGUGUGUGAGGCCGGCGAACUGGAAUGCGACGCCUUCUCCUGCCCUGCCCUCCACACGUGCGGACUCACGGACGACGGCAAGAUCGGCUGCAACGCCCUGGAGGGCCACUGCCAGGCGUCCGGCGACCCUCACUACGUGACGUUCGACGGGGCCUACUUCGACUUCAUGGGCACGUGCGCGUACACGCUGGCCGCCCCGUCCGCGCGUUACGCCGGCUCGCGGCUCGACGGCGCGUGGCGCGUGCUGGUGGAGAACGAGGCGAUGGGCUCUCGAGCUGCUGUGUCGUACACGCGCGCCGUCGAGGUGCAGCUCGGCAACCACACCAGGGUUAGACUCUUGCCCGGGGGCGCCGUCCAGCUGAACGGCGAGACGGUGAGCUUGCCGGCGCUGCUGCCCGGCGCCACGGUAGUGCAGCUGGGGAGCCUGGCGGUGCUGUCGGCGCCGGCGGCCGGCCUCACCGUCAGGUUCGACGGCGUCGCCUACGUGGACGUGGGGCUCAAGGCCGACUUCGCGGGCGCCGUCGAGGGGCUGUGCGGCAAUUACGACGGGGACGCCGGCAACGACUUCACGGGGCCCGGCGGCGAGCGUCACAGCACGCCGAGCACGUUCGGCAACGCCUGGCAGAGCGAGGCGUCCGCCAGUAAAGCAGCGUGAGCGCUCGCACGCACAAAGACGAAGAUCCCCCCCGUUUGGCGUGUAACAAAUUGUUUGGGGGCAAGUGCUGUUCGC